CAGCUCCGCUCGCUGCCGCCGCCGCCGCCGCGGACUCCACUUUCCGUGCGCCCUGCGCCCUGCGCCCUCGCCGUUCUCCCGCGGGCGAGUCUCCGGGUCCCCGGGUCCCCGCUGCUGCCCCACCGGCCGGGCUCGCCGCUCCAUGCGUCCGCCCAGCAUGUCGGGGAACUUUCUGCUCGCUCCCAUCCCCGAGGCCUCCUCCGAUUGCCUCCGACCCAAGGACAUCAAACUGGCCGUGCUGGGCUCCGGCCGCGUGGGCAAGAGCGCCAUGAUCGUGCGCUUCCUGACCAAGAGGUUCAUCGGCGACUAUGAACCUAAUACAGACAAGCUGUAUUCGCGGCUCGUCUAUGUAGAGGGAGACCAGCUGUCCCUGCAGAUCCAGGACACUCCAGGAUGCGUUCAGGUCCAGGACAAUCUCCUGCAGGUAGCCGACUCCCUGUCCAGGUGCGUGCAAUGGGCGGAGGGCUUCCUGCUCGUCUAUUCCAUCACCGACUACAGCAGCUACCAGUCCAUCCGGCCCCUUCACCAACACAUCCGGAGGGUCCACCCUGACGCCAAGGCCCCUGUCAUUAUCGUGGGCAACAAGGGGGACCUCCUGCACGCGCGGCAGGUGCAGACGCAGGACGGCCUCCAGCUGGCCAACGAGCUGGGCAGCCUGUUCCUUGAGAUUUCCACGAGUGAAAACUAUGAGGACGUCUGUGAUGUGUUCCAGCAUCUCUGCAAAGAAGUGAGCAAGCUGCACAGCCUCGGCGGGGACAGGAGGAGAGCCUCUGUCGUUCCCCGGCCUCGCUCCCCGCACAUGCAGGACCUCAAGAGGCGCUUCAAGCAGGCGCUGUCUUCCAAAGUCAAGUCCCCCUCUGCACUUGGGUAAAGCCGGCACAGACGGACUCGGUCUCCUUUGACCGCACAUUUGUGCAGCUAAAAAUGACUGGGGUGCCUCCUUUUUAAAUCACACAUUCAGAAUUUAUUUUUAUAAAGACUAUUGGUUUGCCAGUGUAUGUGUAUUUCUGAAAAUGCAAGCAGUAAUUGCCUAGAAGUUGGCUGGAUUUUUUUUUUUUAAUAAAAGAACUUUUUUUUACUGUAACUGCUAGCCACUUUUCCAUUAAAGGCAAAAUGGCAACAUUA